AUGAUCAAUAUCGAGAAAUACUUUAGUCUAAAUAAAAUUCUUCUGCUCGCUAUUGGCCUAUGGCCUUAUCAGCAGUCAAAUUUCACUCGAUUUCAAUUUAUUGUAUUAUCUAGUAUUCUGAUGACAAAUAUUAUAUUUCAGUGUAUGAUAUUUGUCUCACAAAGAUGUACUCUGGAUCUCAUUACCAAAAUUUUAUCUUCCGUAUUUUUCUUUACUCUUUUUGCGAUAAAAUACAACAUGUUCUCUGUUAAAGCUGUUAAGGAUUUAUUGGAGCAACUAUUGCAUAUAUAUAAUGAGUUAAAAGACGAAAAUGAAAUUGCUAUUAUAAAUAAAUAUGGAUGUAAUGGCAAACGUUAUACCGUUGUACUUACAAUUCUUGCCGUUAUCAACGUAUUGGCUUUUAUUAUUACUUCAUUUUGGUCAAAUAUUUUGAACGUUAUUUUACCGACAAACGCGUCAAGAUCACAUCACUUGCUCAUCAUGACGGAGCAUUUUAUUGAUCAAGAGAAAUAUUUUUAUUUGAUAUUACUGCACACUAUUGCAUCAUUUUGCAUCGGGAUGAUUGCAUUGUUAGCGACAGGAACAUUGAUACUUACAUAUCUUCUACAGAUUUGUGGAAUGUUUAAAAUUGCCAGUUAUCGUAUUGAACGUGCAAUGAGCAUCGACACGUUACAAAAUAUUAAUCUUAAAAAAAACCUUUUGAUAUUUAAUGGUUUAAUUUAUGCUGUGGAUAUUCAUCGACAAGCUAUGAAAUUGUCCAAACACUUGCAAUAUAGUUGUGAAACAAUGAUGUUCUGUUUUAUAAUAAUUUGGGUAGUUUCGAUGAGCCUAAAUCUGUUUCGACUUGCAUCAUCCAAAGAUGAAUUGAUAUUGCCCUUUGUAUAUGCAAUUGUCGGUAUAUUGUAUAUGUUUCUAGCGAACUAUAUGGGUCAAAUUUUAACGAAUCAUAAUCAUCAUGUAUUUGUUACGGUGUAUAAUGUUCGGUGGUAUAUAACUCCAUUAUAUAUACAGAGAAUAAUAUUGUUCCUGUUACAACAAAAUUCGAGAAAUUUUACAUUGAACGUCGGUGGAUUGUUCUAUGCAUCUAUAGAAUGUUUUGCUAUGCUAGUAAACACUUCGGUAUCUUACUUUACAGUUCUAUAUUCUACACAAUGA